CAAACAAACACAAAAUAGCACACACAGUAUAGAUUCAUAUUACUUAAGUACACAAAAUCCUUCACUAACCAGCUGCAAAGAUGAUGAACGAAGGGCGUCGCAAUAGCUAUGAUGUAGUUUCCAUACCAUCGUAUGAGUCACUGACGCAGCGAUCGGAGACCUCGGAGAAAUUGCCGAACGAUGUGGCAGUAACCAGUCAGAUGGUGCAAAACUUGCUAACUGAUGAGGAGAGACUGAGGCGUUGCUCGAAGAUCCGCGAUAUAAAAUCGAAUGCACCAACGCCGCCCGUCUCGUUAGCUGAGGACCUUUUGUUUUGUGAGCUGGACGCCUUCUCGAAUGAGACCUGUAACUACGAUGCUUCCGAUCUGCACGUGGCAGAAGCGUUCAGUUCCCAGCUCAUGAUUCUCUAUGAGCAGGGCGAUAUCCACAGCGCUCUACACUUUCUACUUGACUCGCUUCACAAUCCCUUCGCACCGCGGGCUGUGGGCACGGUGUUCGUUGAGCAGAGCAUUCGAGAGGAGAUCAUUGCGCGCAUCCAAGAUCGAAUGAGGCCGCUGAGUUUUAAAACCGCCUUGCAUCCCAAUUACCGCAAGACUAAGAAGGUGCUCACCAGCUUGGAUGUGCAGAUUGUUAGCGCCACGGAGAACAGAGUGCCGCCCCCAUUCUCCUCGCCCAUUGUGGUCUGCGACUGCGAGAGCAAAAUGCUGGGCACCCCUCCCACUGGCGUCGUCUGUUUGCGAUCAUUCCACGACAACCUCGAGAUCGUUGAGUGGUGCAACAAGGAGAGUUUGCAAUUCGAGAGCAUCAGCGUCUGGAACGAAUGCGUGGAGAGUCUCUAUCAGCUGGUCGCCACUCUGAACUGCAACACCUUCUACUUUAACAGCUGCAAUGUCAGCCUGGAGCCAAUCACUCCAUUUGAGGCCGAGAAGAAGACUACUGUCUGCAUUGCCGAUGGCUUUCACUAUGAAACACUGCAGAUCGGAGAGCAAAUAAAAGUCGUCAUAUUUCCCAUUGGCUCACAUAUCUGGCAAAGAGUUGAGGAGCCCAGCGAGCCUCCGCCGUCUCCCAUUUCAUUCCUAAACAGCUGAUCUGCCGAAUCGUCAAGUCCCUUCCUCAUCCUCAUCAGCAGCAGCUGCCGUUGGGAGUUUUCGAUAAAAAAUAAAGUCGUUCAAUUGUUUUCGCCAAAAAUAUAAACUUCCAUCAAUACUUUGCAGUUAUUUUUGGAUCAAUGAUAACGCAUUUUAUGCUAAUUGACUUUGUUGAUGCUGAUGAUGAUGAUGAUGCUG